CCAGCGACACAGUACAGGAGAUGACCAGAGACUGCGGACACAGUACAGGGGAUGACCAGAGACUGCAGACACAGUACAGGAGAUGACCAGAGACUGCGGACACAGUACAGGAGAUGACCAGAGACUGCGGACACAGUACAGGAGAUGACCAGAGACUGCGGACAGUACAGGGAAUGACCAGAGACUGCGGACACAGUACAGGAGAUGACCAGAGACUGCGGACACAGUACAGGAGAUGACCAGAGACUGCGGACACAGUACAGGAGAUGACCAGAGACUGCGGACA